UGUGUAGGUAGUGAAUAGUUCCUUCUUUUUUUAUCUUAUCUCGUUCUCUUCUAUAGUUUUCGAAAAUAAGAUAGAUCGGAAACAAAAAUAAUAAUAAUAAUAAAGAAGUUCUUCGCCUUCACUUUGGGAAUAUUCUUAUUUUGAUCAUCAUCUCUCGUUCUUUUUGUGAUACUGCUUGGCUUACUCUGAUACCUUCAAAACAACAGGACCAUAUUCAAAGAAGGACGACAGGAUACUUGUUUUUUUUUUGUUAUUCAUCUCUGAAAAAACAUUACUAUGACCUCUUCCCCUGAUUCACCUGCAUCAUCUAUCACUACCCAUAGUACACCUAAUGCUGGAACUCCAAGUUUAUCUACUAUUACAUCAAGUACUGUGUUUGUCAUCAAGGCUUUAGACAAGAUUGAAUCCGCUAAAGAAACUCGCCGCAAUAAAGCUCUGAAAGAAGCUGUACAAAAUGCUCAAAACUCUCUAAAGACGAUAGAACCUUUACAAAAUGGUGAAACUCGAUCGACGCUUAUUUUAGCUGCUUUACAAAUGGCCAUUGAUACACGUUCAGCCAAUCUUAUGACGAUUGCUCUGGACUGUCUUGGCAAAUUUAUAACAUAUAACUAUCUUGGGGACAUGGAAAACGAGGUUGCACAAACUCAAGUCAUGGAAAAAGUAGUUGAUAGUAUCUGUGAUUGUUUUAUUGGUGAAGAAACAGAUGAAAAAGUACAACUACAACUUGUUAAGGCCUUAUUAGACGCGGUUUAUUCCACAAGCAAUCCAUUACAUCAAUCUGCUUUACUAAAGGCGGUUAGAACAACGUACAACAUUUUUUUAUUAUCACGCAGCAGUGCCAAUCAGAAUGUAGCGCAAGUUACUCUUACACAAAUGGUGGAUCAUAUCUUUCGACGUGUUAAAAUUCUACCUCAUCCCAUUGCAGCAUUAACUACUGACAUUACAGCACAACAAGACGAAGAUCAACAAACACAACAACAAGAAGGAACAGCAAUCAACGAAAUGGAUAAAACCACCAACGAUACAAAUGGAACAGCGUAUCAAGAUCAAAUUGUCGUGGAAGCAAGCAUGGCUCGAAGUGAAAUGGAGAAAAAGUUACCUAAUAAGAAGGAUACAUCUGAAGAACUACUAAAUGAUACGGCAAAUGUAUUCAAGGAAGAAGAAAUUGAUGGACGAAAUACAUUGGAAAGCUCGAUGGUAGAGAAAAAUGGAUUACCAGAUACCAUACCUUCAGAACAAGAUACAGUAAAGUCAUCACCCUCUACGGAUACGACUCAUUUGAAAACAUCAACGAAAACUGGUGCUGAUUUGGACGAUGAUCAAGUCUCAGAUGGUCGAAGUUCUUUUGGCAAUGACAGAUUGGAUACUGCUGAAACUGAAACUGAAGCUGAUUUAUAUAUCAAAGAUGCUAUUCUGGUCUUCCGUGCUCUAUGCAAAUUAUCCAAGAAACCGAUCUCUUCUGAAUGGGGAAAUGAUAUGCGAUCAUACUCUAUGAGAUCCAAGCUUUUAUCACUUCAUCUCAUUUUGACCAUUCUUACCUCUCAUAUGAACGUCUUCACCUCAACAAAUGUCGUGUUUUCUUCUACGGAUACCACAACUAAUCGAAUGAAUCCUUUUAUCUUGGAGGUCAAACAAUAUCUUUGUCCAAGUUUGGGUAGAAAUGCUUUCUCAAUGGUCCCUCAAGUAUUUGACAUUACCUUGGAAAUCUUGUGGAAAGUUGUUCAGGGUUUGAAAGUCUUCUUGAAGAAAGAAGUGGAGGUGUUCUUCAAGGAAAUCUUUUUACGAAUUUUGGAAAUGCGUACGGCAACUUAUCAACAAAAAUUCUCCUUAUUGAAAGUAGUGCUUCGAAUUUGUGAAGAUCCUCAAACAUUAGUGGAUAUGUAUUUGAAUUAUGAUUGUGAUCGACAAGCCUUGGAUAAUAUUUAUGAAAGAUUGGUCAAUGUUCUAUCGAAAAUCACAACUUCGCAUUCUGGUCCAAAUGUUGGUAAAGAAAUGGAUAAUCAUGGUAAUACCAAUAACCCAUCUGGUCAUCAUGGUCUUCAUUCCAAUUCAGUGGUGAUUCCUCCUCCUCUUACAACUGCGACUGUACAAUCUAACGAAAAACAACAACAACAUCAUCAUGGUGUACUUGCGACUUCUGAUGGUGCUAUUAGAUUCAAAUCAUUGGAAUGCUUGGUGGCAGUGCUUCGAUCUCUGGUGACAUGGUACAACAACAAUACUGUCAGUGUCUCUGCUGAUGGUAAACAAGAAGAUGAUGUGACUACACCAAGGGAAAGUGAAGAUGUACGUGGAUCGACUGACCAAUUGACACUACACAGUAAUGGAUCUGUUUCUCGACUUUCUCCCACCUCCUCUUCUAAUGCCCUACCUACAGCAACAACUCCUUCUACUGGAAAUGUGACACCAAGACUGGAUGAUCCUGAACAAUUUGAAAACCUCAAACAUCGAAAACAAUUGCUUCAAGAAGGAAUAAGACAAUUCAACUGGAAACCAAAGAAGGGGAUGGCGUUAUUGGGAAAGAAUGGAUUUGUGGAUAUGAAGGAUCAUACUAGUGUGGCUCAAUUCUUAUUAUCUACUGAAGGACUCAAUAAGACAAUAAUUGGUGAAUAUCUUGGUGAAGGUGAUGACGAAAAUGUUGCUAUUAUGCAUGCCUUUGUGGAUGAAAUGGAAUUUACCAAUAUGGGAUUUACGGAUGCCCUACGACACUUUUUACAAGCAUUCCGGUUACCAGGCGAAGGUCAAAAGAUCGAUCGAUUUAUGCUCAAAUUUGCUGAACGUUAUGUUCAUGGAAAUCCUACGGUAUUUGCUAAUGCUGAAACUGCUUACGUACUAGCCUACUCGGUGGUGAUGUUGAACACAGAUGCUCACAGUCCUCGUGUCAAGCAUCGUAUGACUUUACAAGACUUUAUCAAGAACAACCGUGGUAUUGAUGAUGGUGCGGAUAUUGCUCCAGAAAUCUUGGAAGGUAUUUUCAACGAAAUUCAAUCCAAUGAAAUCAAGAUGAAAGACGAAGUAGAGGCGGCUAGCAAUGAUGCUUUGUUUACAAGUAUAGCAGGUGGUGUUGCUGGUAGUGGACCUCUUGGUAUUAUGGGUUUACAAAAUGCUUUGGUCAGUGCAGGAAUUACACGUGAUGUCCGACGAGAAGCUUUCCAAGCAGCUACUGAAGAAAUGGGUUCCAAAACAGAAGCAAUGUUCAAGAAUAUGUUGGCCAGCAAGCAACGUGCGGAUGGUGGUGAAAUGAUUACAUUUUACAGUGCUUCUCAUGUAGAACAUGUGCGACCUAUGUUUGAGGUGGCAUGGAUGGCCUUUUUAGCCGGUAUUUCUGGACCUUUACAAGAAUCAGAUGAUUUAGAAACAGUACAUUUAUGUUUGGAAGGAUUCAAGCAUGCUAUUCGUAUUAUCUGCCUUUUCCAUACCGUGCAAUCUGAAGAUAUGGAUUUACAACGAGAUGCGUUUGUCACCACUUUGACUAAAUUCACCUUUUUAUCCAAUUUGAAUGAAAUGAAACCCAAGAAUGUGGAAGCCAUCCGUACAUUAUUGGAAGUAGCAGCUGAAGAUGGAAACUAUCUUAAAGGCAGCUGGAAAGAAAUUUUGUCAACUGUUAGUCAAUUGGAACGAUUUCAACUCAUUACUAGUGGUGUUGAUCAAGUCAAUCUUCCGGAUAUCUCUACAAAGCGACCUUCCAAUGUAUCUGCUAAUAGUUCAUCUACAAGUUCUCCUCAUAAACCUUCUGUGGAUAUGGUUCGUCGUUCUUCUACCAUGGCUCGUCGGGGUACAGCACAACAUCGAUUACAAGUGGCAUUAGCUGAAGAAGUAGCAUCUGCUGGUAGUUCUCAAUCUUUGGUCUUGGCGGUGGAUCGACUCUUCACUUCCACUGUUUAUUUGAAUGGGAUUGCCAUUGUUGAUUUUGUUCGUGCAUUAUGUGAAACCUCAUGGGAAGAAAUAGUAUCAUCAGCACAUUUAGAACAUCCAAGAAUGUAUAGUUUACAAAAGUUGGUUGAAAUUUCCUAUUACAAUAUGAAUCGUAUUCGUAUGGAAUGGUCCAAUAUCUGGUUGAUCUUGGGUGAUUAUUACAACAAGGUGGGAUGUCAAUCUAAUUUUAAUGUGGCAUUCUUUGCUUUGGAUUCCUUACGACAAUUGGCCAUGAAAUUUUUGGAAAAAGAAGAAUUAUCUCACUUCAAGUUUCAAAAGGACUUUUUGAUGCCAUUCCGUGAUGUAUUAGCGAAUAAUCCUGAUGUGGCUAUUAAGGAUAUGGUAUUACGAUGUUUAUCUCAAAUGAUUUUGGCUAGAGCUCAUCAUAUCAAAUCUGGAUGGAAAACUAUGCUCUCUGUCUUUGCUAUGGGUGCUAGGGAAAGUUCAGAAUCCAUUGUCCAUAUGACAUUUGAUAUUGUCCGAAGUGUGACUCAAGAAAGAUUCCCUGAUAUUGUUGCAAAUGGUACUUUCCCUGAUUAUAUUUCAUGUUUAGUUGAAUUCUCUCGAAAUAAGAAAUUCCAAAAGAUCAGUUUACCUGCUCUCGAUAUGAUUAAAGGAACGAUUCCCAAAAUGUUAGAAAUUGCUUACAGUGACAAGACAAUUGAAAUCAAUGAUGCUCAUACAGUAGCUGGACAGACAAUUCAAUCAGGGGAUGACUUUUUGAUCAAAUUUUGGUUUGCUGUGCUUUAUGGUUUGAAGGAAGUGACAAUGCAAAGUGAUGAUGUGGAAGUACGAAAAAGAUCAUUGGCAUACCUAUUUGAAACAUUGAAGCAAUAUGGAUCAAAGUUUACUCCUGAAUUCUGGGCAACAGUCUCUAGACAAAUCAUCUUCCCUCUAUUUGAUGAUUUAAACGCUGACAGUCGACGACAACGUAAUAUUACCCCAGAGGAUCUUAGUGUUUGGCUUUCAACAACCAUGAUUGAAGCUCUUCGUAAUGUUGUGGAUCUUUAUACAUUUUAUUUUGACAAUAUGAAAAAUAUGAUGCAACAUGUAUUAGGAUUAUUGGGACUCUGUAUUACCCAAGAUAAUGAUACUCUUGCUCGUAUUGGAUGUGAAUGUUUAGAACAAUAUAUCGAAGCUAAUGUGGAAAAAUUUGAUGAAGAUUGUUGGAAUCAAGUAACAGAUAUGUUUACCAAUUUAUUCGAAAAGACAACGGCUUAUGGAUUAUUUGAUGAUACUCAAGAUUUGGUAGAAAAAGUCAAGGCAGCAUCUCCUAAAGAAAUCAAUGGUAUAGAUCAUGAUAAUGGACCAGCAGUACCUUUGACUAUUAGUCCUGAACGCCAUAGUAAAUUCCAACAAGUGAUUGUACGAUGUGUAUUACAACUGAUGCUUAUUCAAACAGUGAAUGAUCUUCUCAGCAAGGACAAUGUAUAUUGUGCUUAUCCAUCUUUACAUUUGAUGAAGUUAAUGGGCUGUUUGGAACACUCUUUCCAUUUUGCAAAGAAAUUUAAUUUGGAUACUGAAUUACGGAUGGCUUUAUGGCAAUUUGGUUUUAUGAAACAAUUACCCAACUUAUUAAAACAAGAAACAUCUAGUGGCGGUUGUUAUGUCUCUGUGUUGAUGCGAAUGUACUCCAAUCUAGAAAAUAUCUCUGAUCGUGAUGAACACCGAGAAGCUAUAGAAAAGACAUUGAUACCACUUUGUAAUGAAAUCUUUACACUUUAUAUGGAUUUGGAUCAUGAUACAAAACCCAAGAAUAUUGCUGCAUGGACUCCUGUUGUUGUUUCUAUAUUAAAUGGAUUAUCUUUAUUACAAGAUGAAGAUUUUACUCGACAUGUGCCACAGUUUUAUUUACCAGCAGUUGAACUGUUGGGGCAACACAAUCUUUUGGCUCAAGUACGAUCUGCUUUAAGAACUUUAUUGAUUCGAGUUGGCAAAACAUACAAGAUCACCUCUACAUCAUCAUGAAGGAAUAAAUCAUGAAAAUGGAUUUCCCUUUAGUUAGUUACCUAAUUAUAUAUUUUAGUCUUGUUUUACAACAAAAAAAAAAUAAAAGCUCCUAUUUUUGUGUUCU